AUGAAAUCUCAAAGAAUAGCCUAUCGAGAGAGAAGUUCAAGUAGAUAAUCUCCUUUAUCCUUUCCAUUAAAGCCUUAAGAAAGGAUAAGUGAAACCUUGAUUGCUCAUCAUUUAAAUCUUCCCUUGAUAUCUUAAAAUUAAGUUGUUAGACAAGGGGAAAGAAAAUUUAGGCUGUUCUAACAUGACUUAGACUACAAUAAAGUUAAGACAUGUUGUGAAAUUGAUGAAAAUCAUCAAAAUCAACCAAUUAUAAGUUUAAUCACAGAUCCAGAUGGCCUCGGUAGUCCCAAAGAAAAUUAAUUAAUAGAAAAUUACAUAAAAAUCAAAUAAUAAAGAUAUGAUGAACUAAUUGAACGUAAUUUGGAUACUCUCCGAAAUUUAGAAGGAAAUUCAUUAAAAUUACAUAAAGAUAAGGAUCUAUAAUAAACCUAUAGAUAAACUUAAAUAAAUAAUCAAUCAUUUUUUAAUAGACCUUUUAGAAUGUAAUCAGUUGAGGUGAAUUCAAAAGACACUCCUGAAAAAUAGCAAAAUAACAAUUAGGUAUUUUUUAAAAAAAAUUUUAAACACAAAAAAUAACAGGAUCUAAUUUAAAUCUAUAAAACAUAAGAAAUAGAUAGAAAUAUUGAUUUAAGCAUGAAGGACUCUGAUAUUAUUAGGGGUUAAACUAUAACUCUUGAAAAUAGUAGACCUUCAGUAUCAAAUCAAAUUUGGGAUAACUUAAAUUUAUAUAAACACUAUAAUGCAAAACCUCAGAUUAAAAUUAGAAAUAAAAAACUUAGAAUUAUUGUCUUUGUAGUGAUAGCUGUAUUGGAAUUAUCAAAAAAAUAUAAGUAUUGUUUUAUUAUAAAAUUAGAAAAAUAUUUCAAGAAAGGGAAAUAGCUAGAGAGCAUUUUUAACUGUAGUAAAGACCACAUUUAAAAUAUAUUAAUUUUUUUGGAAUUAAACAGCACAAAUAAUAGUAAAGAAAAUUUGUAGAUUCGUUAUUAUAAAAAAUCAUAAUAAUACAAAAAGAUUAGAAAUACAUAAAGGAAUGUAAAACUAUAUAAAGGGAAUAAGAUGAUAUAAGAAAAGAUUUUUAGAAAUAGAGAUUAUGCUUUUUUAUAAAAUUAAUAUUAUAAGAUUUAGAAUUAAUAACAAGAAAAAAUAUAAUACCAGGAUUUAUAUUACAUAGUUUAAAUUUAUGCCUUUUUUCUGGAAAACAUACAUAAACAAGUUAAUUUGUUGUCAAUAGAACUAAAUUUUAUUCAAAAACUGUUCAUUCUCUUACAUAAGAAUAAAAAGUAUUAAUUGCUAUUGAAUUUCUUUUCUUUACUAUUAUUAUACCUAAUAUGUUAGAUAUUGUUAAUGAAUUAGAUUAAAGUAAUAAAGAUAGUUUUUUAAUUACUCUAUUUCAUUUUGUUGGAAUCAUAGGUGUAUUAAUGGUUUAAUUUACAAAAUAUUUCGAAAAUAAAUUUGAAAAAAUAAAGGAAUCUAAUGUAAAACCAAUUUAGAAAGUUAUUCAACUUAAAAAGAAUGAAUAGGGAAUACCUUGUAUUGCUUCUCUCAGUUUCACUGACAAGAUCGAUGAAAAUGAAAAUAAAAUCCUUUCUGGUGGUUUUGAAUACUCUGGUAUUCUUGAAUUAUUUGAAUAAAAACCAUUUUGGAGUUAAAAAAUGACUUUAUAAUUUUCAAGAAUUGCUAGGAACAUUGGAGAACUAAUAGACAUUACUAAUGUUCAAUGA